AUGUCGCAGUCCAUAGAUUAUGAAUGCAUCCGUGUUCCCGUGACAGCCUUAGCCUUCUGCGACCAAUAUCUGUUUGCAGCAGAAGGACCUUUUCUUCAAUUAUUUCAUCACAAGUCAUCCAAGUUAACAGCCUCUCAACAAAUCUUUCGGAAGCAAGCAAUUCAUGGCAUACUGAUUUGUUCGCAAUCAGACUCUUCUAUCGUACUUCUAAUUCACGGAGGCUGCUACGUUCGUCUUUUGAGGCUACAUUUCUCGAAGCUCGAUGACACCAGGAAAGGCAGUCUUCCUCAGGAAGAGUUCGCAAUCUUUCAUCUAUCUCUAGUCUUGAAAUGUCCCGACUGGAUACUUGACGUUCGUCUUGCACCUAGUAGUAUCUCAACUUCUUCAACUCUCAUCGAGCGACGGACUGUGGCCGCAAUCACUGCACAUAAUGCGCUUCUUCGAUUGAACUUAAAAUUUGAACCAUCUUCAACGCCUACAGCUACAGAUACUCUAAGUGCCUUGGAAAUCCAUCUAGACGAGCUCACUGCGAGCUCUAGGUGUAUCUUAUACGCGGCCCAUCUAUCAUGGACAUCAGCCAAUCACAUUUUGAUAGCUGCAGGAACGGCCUUUGGCGAGAUACUCGUGUGGUCAUGGUCAGAGUCGCACGAAAGCUCAUCAAGCGCCCAAUUGCAUCACGUAUUCACAGGCCAUGAGGGCUCGGUCUUCGGCGUCCAGAUAUCCGAGAAGCUGGUCUUAGAAGACGAUACCAAGGUUAAGCGGUUACUCGCUAGUUGUAGUGAUGAUCGCUCAAUACGCAUUUGGGAUAUCUCCGAGCUUCCUAUUAUCAACACGUUGGACUCGCCACAUGAACGUGAGACUGGCUUCGGAGCCAAUCUGCCAAUCACAGGAGAAUCCGAUCAGCUUUGUCUGGCCAUCGGCUGGGGUCAUAGCUCCCGAGUUUGGACAGUUCAGUUUCUCAAACCAGGGUGUAUUGCUGGCCAUAGUGUCGACGCUGUUCAGAUGAUAUCGACCGGAGAAGAUGCAACCUCAAGAAUAUGGGAUCUGGUACCUAAGGAAACUCAUAGUAUCGUUCCUGACACUUCGACACUCCCCUUUAAUCUCAAAGAAAUAAGAUCCGCAGCAUUCCACACAGGCAAGAAUAUGUGGUCCUUAUCGCUGGACUACUCGAGAGAACAACUGAGCCAGAUUGUGACUGGAGCCGCAGAUAGCAAGAUCAUUAUGUAUUUCCCGGAUGCAAAAACGGUCUCCACAACAAAUACAACCUUUGAUGACAAUCAGACAAUGGAAGAUAUUGUUGGGAGCAUCCAGUCCUCUAAAAAGACCGACAUCUUUCGCAGCUACAGUUUUAUUGCUCAGAGAUUAGUUCUACUCACGACUAAUGAAGGGAGGGUAAUCACAAGGCAAACAGAACUUAGCUCGCCUCCCGCCCGUGUUUCCGUGCGACACGACGGAGGGGGCCAUGGCGUGGAAGGGAGCAGCAGUCCUCCCGUGGAUGUCUCUAAGUCUCUAGUCAGUGAGAAUAGGAUAACGUCUUUAUCGUUCCACCAGAUACCGACCCUCAAAGGGUAUUCAAUCACUGCCAGUUUGGCAUCUCACGAGAUUGCAUUCUUUGCUGGCACUACAGGAGACGUAUAUGCUAUUCCGAAGUCUUCUAGCCCAAAACACAUCUACUCGGCAGGUAGGAAAGUAGGAGGCCUGUUCCCGCAUAAGGCUCUCCGUUGCGACAAAGAGAGCUUUUAUCUUUUAGUCACUUUGAUAGGGGGACCACAAGCCACCCUUCUCCUGCUUAGCCCCUCCAAAUCCGAGAAUAUCAAGGCUACACCCACCAUAUCUGGGCUGGAAGCGGGAGAAGAUUCGUCCAAUCAAUCGCCCGCAAGUGAGCGGGAUUCCGGGUUGCUCUUCAGCGUAGUAGAGGAGAUACCCUUAUCCAUACCAGGACAGUCAAGCUUUGUGGCCACCAGCACGACUAUUGCACAGACUCAGGGAGCUGGAACUGAAGAAUACAUGUUUGUCGGAAGUCGAUCGGGAUCGGUUGCGUGCUACGCCCUUCCAGCUACCCCAAGAGACACAGAAAGAAGUGAUUCCUUGCUAGCACCCUUGGUUGACGUGCUGCCAAACGUCCAUGGAAAAGAAACAGUCACUUCGAUGAUUUGGAAGUCCUCCGCCAAUGCCGAAGAGCCAACGUCCUCUGGCUAUUUGAUCUCUGUUGGUAGAGACGGCUCGUGCGCGGCUCAUCAAGUCGACUUCGAAAGCGGACAAGCAAAGUUAGUUCACAAGACGAACCUCCCGUUCGGCCCAAACAUUGAGGGGGUUUACGUUCGAAAUGAAAAUUUGAUGGUCUAUGGCUUCCGAGGUACCCAGUUUAUCCUCCUCGACGAAAGUAAUGAAGAAGAGGUCAUGACAGUCGAAUGCGGAGGUGCUCACAGGAACUGGGCCUUUGACCCUAGUCCUUCAGGCCCUGGCGGAACUCUUGUCUGGACCCAAGCAGCCAACAUGAGAGUAUGCCAUCGCGGCGAAGCAUCACACAAGGUUCUUCGGAGUGGCGGGCAUGGACGGGAGAUCAAGGCCGUUGCCGUUUCGCCGCAUAUUCCGAACAAUGACGGAUCCAUACAGCUGAUUGCAACCGGCGCUGAGGAUACCGACAUCAAGAUCUUUGAGUAUACAUCCCAUGGACUGACAUCAGCGUCUCUAUCCAGCCUCCGAUGUCUACGGACGUUGCGGAAGCACAUGACUGGUAUACAGCACCUAGCAUGGUCCGAGGAUGGCAAAUAUCUCUUUAGCAGCGGUGGCCGUGAAGAGUUCUUCGUAUGGCGUAUCCGUAUGCUUCCAAUUAUUGGUGUAGGUGUCGUCUGCGAGGCUGUCUGCGAGUCGGAAAGUGACGUACCAGACCUGCGCAUAAUGAGCUUCUCGGUACGCAAGCAGAGUGUGGAGGAUGUUAAAAGACCAGGGAGGCAAUAUGUCAUCUCGAUGGCAUAUUCAGACUCCACUAUCAGAAUCUACUCGUAUAUACCCUCCUCGCCCUCUCCAUGGAGUCUCCUUCACACUGGAGUCUACCUCACCUCAUGCCUCACUCAUUCCAUUUUCCUCUCGCCCCAGAUACUCCUCACAUCAGGAACUGAUGGACACGUUGCAUUCUGGGAUUUUUCAUCUGACCCUCUCAUCCACUCCUCGCGCACUAAGAUCCACCAAAACACGGCCAAAACGCUUGCAUACCAGCCCAUAUCGCCCGAAAUCACACUACUCGUCACAGGUGGCGAUGAUGGAGCACUGGGCGUCACGCUCAUCCGCUUAACUGCUGAGCCUUCGUCGCCAAACGUGUCGACACUCCUGGUCCCACGCGCCCACACAGCCGCUGUGACGGCGUGUGCUUUCCUGCCUACCGUUCCAACUAUGAUUCGAGCAGAUGCUGACUCGGAUCAAUCCCUUGCGCGGGAGUUGCAGCUCGUCACGUCGGGCACUGACCAGCGAGUUAUCUUGUGGAUUAUCAGCAUCGAUUGCACUCAGCCAGGCGUUGAAGGACUAGACGUAAGGAAUGCUGGUAAAAUAGAUACAGCUGUGGCGGACGUUGCAGAUCUUGCUAUUCUGGAUGCUGACGGAGGGAGAGGCGUGGGUGUGGUCGUUUGUGGAGUUGGGAUGCAGGUGUUCAGGAUCAGUGCUCUGGGGGGUUGAGACAUAGCUCUGAUGCUUCAUUGUGUUGAAUGAUGCGCAAUCUGCGCGUCUGAUUCAGAUGGUAUAAAAACUCGUUUGACUAGUCCAAGUUCUCCAUGCUUGAAGGAGAGCU